AUGUUGGCAGCAAGACGGGCCGUGCGCCUCAACACUGUCGCCGUCAGAGCCUUCAGCUCGUCCGUCGUCGCGACCUCCGCCCAGCGCAAAUCUCUUUUCCACAAGCUGUUCCGGAUUCCUCUAGACGUGGGUGCCAUUGGUACUGUUUUGGCCACCACCUGGAUGGGCGCCUCCAUCUACAGAGAAGCCAACCCUAGAAACCAGAAACCCCAGACCGCUCUCACUGCUGCAGGAGCAGAGAAAAAGAGCAUAGUCAUUCUGGGAAGUGGAUGGGGUGCUGCCUCGAUGCUCAAAGAUCUCGAUACUAGUCUGUACAAUGUGACCGUUGUUUCUCCUAGAAGCUACUUCCUGUUCACGCCCCUGCUGCCUUCUGCGCCUACGGGAACCAUCGAGGCCAGAUCGAUCGUCGAGCCAAUCAGAUCGAUCGCCAAGAGAACCCCGGCAGAGGUGACUUACAUCGAGGCCGACGCUACGGACGUGGAAGUGACGAAAAACAGUCUGAAAAUCAAAUUCCCCGAGUCCAACGCCGACGCCGAGGAGAUCGUCAAGGAGCUCAAGUACGACUACCUGGUCGUUGCUGUGGGCGCCCAGCCAUCCACUUUCAACAUUCCUGGUGUUGCCGAGCACGCCUGUUUCUUGAAAGAGCUGCCGGACGCGAUCCAGGUCAGAAAGCGGUUCCUGGAGUGUGUCGAGAAGGCCUCGCUGUAUCCUGAGGGAAGCGAGGAGAGAAAGAGACUGCUGCACUUUGUCGUUGUGGGAGGAGGCCCUACAGGUGUCGAGUUUGCGGGAGAACUGAAGGAUUACGUGGACGAGGACCUCACUAAGUGGAUGCCUUCGAUCGCCAAAGAGGUCCAGGUCACCCUGAUCGAGGCGCUACCCAACGUGCUGAACUCGUUCUCCAAGAGCCUGUGGACGUACGCCCAGAAGACGUUUGCCGAGAACAACAUCGACCUCAUCCUCAACACAGCCGUGAACAAAGUGACUGCCACCACGAUCACCGCCUCCACGAAAAAGAAGGACGGUUCCGUGGAGCAAAAAGAAAUCCCAUACGGUAUGCUUGUGUGGGCCGCCGGUAUCCGCCCAGCCAACUUCACCAACCACCUGAUCAGCAAGAUCGAGGCCCAGGCCGGCGCCAGAAGAGGCCUGCUUGUCGACGAGAACCUCAAGGUCAAGGGCACCGAGAACGUGUAUGCCAUCGGUGACUGUGCCUUCACGGGCCACCCACCUACGGGACAGGUCGCCCACCAGGAGGGCCACUACCUUGCCUCCACGUUCGCCAAGAUGGCCGCCAUCGACGACCUGCAAUCUGAGCUUGCCAGAGCCUCCAACUCCGACGAGAGAUCCAAGGUCCAGGCCAGACUCGACGCCGCCUUGGCCCAAAUCAAGCCUUUCAAGUACAACCACCUGGGAUCGCUGUCGUACGUGGGUGGAGAGAAGGCCGUCGCCGACUUGGUGUGGGGGUCCUUCUCCUCCACCUCCACCGGCGGUGCCUUCACCUACCUGAUCUGGAGAUCCUCGUACAUCGCCAUGUGCAUCUCCGCCAGAAUGAGAGCCUUGGUGGCUGCCGACUGGCUCAAGGUGUCUCUGUUCGGCAGAGACUUGACUAACGAGUAG